AUGCCGCCGCCAGUUCGUCGUGCCACCGUCGUCCAACCGCCGGCAUCCAGCACCAAGGCCAGCCCCGUGCGCCCCUGCGCCAAGACGACGCAUGGCAGGACCCGCCCCGGCGCCGACAAUCGCCGUGCCCCACGGUCUCCACCUCCGCGGCCACCUGAGGCAUCUUCGCCGGGUCAAGCCAGCAAGGCAGUCGCACGCCCGCCUGUGGGUGCCGCACGCCCGCCCGAGGCCGCCGCACGCCCGCCGGUGGCCACCGCGCGCCCGCCGCCGCCGUCGCAGCGCCCUGCGCCGGGAAACGCGAGGGGAAGAUUGGAGGCGGAGAAGAACCGCCCCGCCGCCACCAUCCUUGAGGUGCGCCCGGCUUCGCCGGCGCCCCCUCCGGCGGCGGUGCUGCGGGGGAGGGGGAGGGGGAGGGGGAGGGGCGGUCCUUGGGGGCGCUAG